AUGAUCUUCCGAGUCUCCGCCCGAACCAGCCUCACGACCUCCUCCAUCCCGGGGUUGUAUACUCUGUCAAUUCCUAUGGGGAGUCCCUUGUUCGGGCAUGAGAAUGGCAACGCCAACGGUGCUACAGCGAGAACGGCCAAAAUGAUUCGACCAGAACACUACGACUCGCCGGCCGGAAGAAAGACGUGUAACUACAACCGUCCUUCCGCUGUCGGCGACGUCCCGCCCAAGCUUACCCCAAGGCAAGCAUCUCAGCGCGUUCCUGCCCUCGCUUCCCCUCCAACUUCACCUGCCCAUUCGCUCGAGGCAUCCUCGACAUCAACGGUCUUAGCUCUCCCAGUCAUUGAGCCAUGCUCCCCCUGGGAUGAUAACCGAGAAUCUAACCCUGACCCGAAUCCCAACCGCGCAUACUACGCAGCUCAUGGCCGAUUCGCGGGCCAGGUCGCGGCUGCCAUUGAAGAGAGAGCCGGCAGAGCCCCAUUAACUACGACGUACCUUGUCCCACUAGUCGAUGCACCCCUGUUUGGAGAUCUGGAUUUGCCCCUAAGAUCUUGCCCUCUUUCAAUUUCCACCGAGUUACCCUCCCGCGCUCGUGCAGAUCAGUUGACCAAUAUAUACUGGCAAUACAUGCAUCCAGUUGAGCCUGUACUGGACUACGACCAAUUUUCGCAAAUGUAUGCAACUUCAUUUUCCGGGCCUAGUGCGUCCCCGAAUACGGACCAUCACAUUCAGCUCAGCAUCCUCAAUGUGAUCUUUGCUCUCGCAGCGCAAAGACAGGAAUGCGUGCCCCUCGAUUUGCGGAAUGAAGAGGGGAGCACUUACUUUCGGCGUGCGUGGGCUCUGUUCUCGACCGAGUCGAUUGUUUGGGAGCCCGCUUCACUUGAGCGUGUGCAGUGCUUGAUGCUGAUGAAUCGAUACCUCCAUUGCACAACUCAUCAACAAAAGACAUGGAUGACUGCUGGGCUGGCAAUGCGCAUUGCGCAAACUAUGUGUUGCAACUCUUUUGAGAUUCCCGCUGGCAAAGAUACUGGUAAUGACGUGCGUUUGAAGCGCAAGGUUUGGGCAAGCUGUGUUGCCUUGGAUCGAUGCGUUUCCUGGUCACUCGGAAAGGCAUCAGCGCUGGCGCUCAUUCCAUCGCCGACAAGCGGCUGUCAGCAGGAAGGCGCGCAUACGGAGCACUCUCGUUGGAAGCAGGAACUUCACGAAAUAGGCAACCAGAUUCAGUUGGCCCAGAUUCAGACACUGAGUACUCUCGCAUCUCGAUCUGCCGCGCAACGUGUUGAUCAACAGGAGGAAUACCACACCGCGGCAGUUCACCUCGACGCUUGUCUCAACAAGUGGGAGGCCAGUCUCCCAAGCGAUUUACAACUCCGAAAUCUUAAGUUUUUGGAAGACAGGACAGCUCGAAUGAAGCGAUACUUGCUGCAUCUUCGCUUUCUUCAUUCCCGCAUCUAUCUCUACAGGCCAAUGCUUGCCCGCUUCUACUCUAUGAAAUCCGGUGUCCAACCAAGGUCCAUCAAUCCCUCAACUUUAAGUGAGCGGCUUCUCAGAGAAUGUGCCAGGAUGUGCGUCGAUGCUGCGCAGGGUGUCACUUUCCUGGUCACCGAAACACUAGAGCCCUGUGAGCCUAUCGGCAUUAUUCCUUGGUGGACCCGAAUCUAUUACCUUCACAUCGCGGGUGUGAUUUUCCUCGCGGCCAUGGUCGGAUCUGAUCUAUUUACCGACUCGGUCUCUCAAUCCUGGCAGGACGUUCUGGCGGGUCUCCGCGCACACGUCCACCUGAGUACAUAUGUUCAGCAGUGCAUUUGUACCUUUGAGGCCCUCUCGGCCAGGAUCUUGCGGACGACUGGUUCGUCCCUGCAGAGUGGGAGUGAGCCCCUAGCGGAAGGAGCAGGAUUCUGCUUCGAUGAUAUUUUCCAAGAUAUUCGCUUUGACUUCGAUGAAUUCCUAUUUAGGACGGAAGAAGUGGUCAAUUUUGAUGGGCUCGGGCCAUGA